ACAACCGAACUUCUUCCCCCCUCUUUCAUCCCUAUUUCUCAUCCUUCCCUUCCUCCCCAAGUCUAGAGAGAGAGAGGAGGAAGAUUCUGCAAAUACGAAGAGAUAGAAAGACAGGCUAUCGGGAUAGAUCGUCUAAAUAAUUGAAUCAAAAACACUGGGCAAAGAAUGGAGGUUGGAGGAAGAGCUGGGCCUCAAACGACGACGGCGUCUUCUUCUUCAUCGUCGUCCGCAAUGCUACCGUACAACCUUCCUCUCUUCUCUGCCUUGCUGUCCUUCGCUCUCGCUCAAUUCCUCAAGCUCUUCACCACCUGGUUUAAAGAAAAGAGAUGGGAUUCUAAAAGAAUGCUUGAUUCUGGUGGAAUGCCAUCUUCACAUUCUGCAACUGUCACAGCUCUAGCAGUGGCUAUAGGUCUGCAAGAAGGGACGGGUUCGCCUGCUUUUGCCAUUGUUGUUGUCUUGGCCUGUGUUGUGAUGUAUGAUGCUUCAGGCGUCAGACUUCAUGCUGGUCGGCAAGCUGAAUUGCUGAACCAAAUUGUCUGUGAGUUUCCUCCAGAACACCCGUUAUCCAGUGUUAGACCUCUGCGUGAAUUACUUGGGCAUACUCACCUUCAGGUUGUAGCCGGAGCUAUCCUGGGAUUCAUUGUAGGCUACCUGAUGAGAAAUACUCAUUAGCAGAUUGUGUUUCCAUCAUUUAUUAUUCAGGCGCCGCAGCAAUUCCAGCAAAGAAGAAUGGAAGAGCUGUUGUAUAUUGUAGUUCCAAUUGUUGGGAAAACAGAUGCAGUUGUUGGGAGUGAUGCCCGUAUUAUUGGGAUUUUAUGGAUUUUGUAAUAUAUGUGAAAGUACGUUCAUGAAUAAACAAUGCUUCCAGAAUAAACUUGGUGGAAAGAAUGGCAUCCCUGCGUUGAGCUUUUCUGCUCAUUUAUCCGCUGGAUUCCAUGGCGACCUGGUGAUUUAUUUGGUCGCAGUAAAGGCAGGCUAGUAACGGUCUACUGAUAGUAAUUGUGCUUUUUCUCUAGAGCAUACUGGCGAACAGGGACGUGCUUUCCUUUAUGGACAUCACCAGAAGAAAAAUCUGAGCCAGAAGGUUCCUGCAUAGUGUUUCUGACUUGGAUCUUGAACCAAGCAACAGACAGAAACUACUGGUGAUAUUUUAGAGGUUGCCAUUGUUUA